CCUUCCCGGCACAGGGAUCUGGUGCUGAUCCCCAGGGCGAUCCCAGUGAGCUGCGCCUGGUUUUCAGCGUGCAGCGGCGAUUCCCAGGGCGAUCCCGAGAGUUCAUAGCCAAGGAUUUACCAGUGUUUACUUACAACGAGAAGGGAGACCUGAUAACUGAUUAUCCAUAUAUUCAAACGGAUUGUUACUAUGAAGGGUUUGUGGAAGACGUCCCAGGAUCUGUUGUUUCUCUCAGCACCUGCUCUGGACUCAGUGGACUCCUGAAAGUUGAAGAUAGAAACUAUGAUAUUGAACCUAUUGAGGACUCGUCAUCCUUUCAACACCUCAUUUUUCAAGUCGCAGCUGAUGAGGACUCACCUGAUCGCUGUGGAGUAACUGGUGAUUUCCUGGAAAAUCAACCAGCUGAAAAGAGAGAACUUCCUACAAACGAGAGCCGGAAAUAUGAUCCUCGUUACCACACCUUGUAUGGACACACCAGAUACCUAGAGUUCUUUCUUACUUCAGACAAACUGGUGUAUAAAAGGCUUGAGGAAAACGAAACCAAGGUGCUAAACUCAAUGCUCCUUUUGACCAGCAUACUGAACACUAUGUACACGUCACUUAAUCUGCGCAUUGUUCUGGUUGGAACUGAGAUAUGGACAGAAGUGGACCAAAUAACAGUCACUCAUUUACUGGACCACGCUUUUCACUUUUUCGCUCCAUGGGCUAGACGGUUCCUUAAACCCCGCAUAUACUUUGACCAUGCACAAUUACUCCUAGGCAGACACUAUCGAGGCACGCUAGGACUGGCGACACAGGGAACCGUAUGCAACACAGACGCCUCAACAUCUAUUAUUAGGUUCAGCAAUAACGAGAACGUAUAUAAUGCAGCUGGUUCUGCUCAUGAGCUUGGCCACGCUCUCAUUUUUGGACAUGAUGAUGAAGCUGGCAACGUAGCCAGAUUCUGCCGAUGCCCUGGCUGCAAAGAAAGAUGCAUUAUGAGAUCAAAACUCUCGUGA